CGCUCCUCCACAGCGUCCUAUUAAAUCGUGUUAUUCCACUGAAUAUGCGUGUGAGUCUUUUUGCAAUACAUUAUACGGCCGCAUGGUGGCUACUGGCAUCUGGGAUUCUUCUCAAAGACAGUCCUGGGACAGAGAACGCAUUCCUGGGGCGAAUCAUGCUGAGAGGAGCUAAGUGUCCUGGGAACGUGAUCUGGCGCGGGAGGACGCUGCCAGAACUUGUCCGACGAGAGUGGCCAUUUUUGCACGAGAGUCCCCGAUUUUCGAGGCAUGUCCUGAGAUAUUACUGUCCUGACUUGACGACAAAGAGGAAGAGAAGAUUUUAUAUAGCCAGAAAUGGCGGACGGUGAGUCAUCUGAUGAUGACAGACCCCUGGCCAGGUGUCUUCUAGAUGACAUUGAGACAUCUUCGGAUGAUGACAAACCACUGGCCAGGUUUCUACCGGAACAGUCACCAUCCACAACGACUCCAACUAACACACCCAGGAAAGACAAAAAGCGGCUCAUGACCCCAAAGUCUAAGGCCCUCCCUCAGCCCUCCUCAAAGCGGGCAAGCACCGGGAGUGCCUGGAGUCAGCAGGAAAAGGUGCGUUCUCUUGUACGGGGUUACCUGUUGAGUAGGCUCGAGGAAGGUGCAGAGGAGGACAGUGUUUUGAUGGAAGAUGUGCAAACAGGUCUUCAAAGUCACUGCGAACAAAUGGCUAAGCAUUGUUCCAACAAAGAGGAGGAAGAGGAAGCAUCGGCAGAUACUUCCACGGUAUCUGGUAUUACUAUAACUAGAAUAGCAAAGUCAGUCUUUACUGUGAACUAUAAAGCAAAGCGCAAGGUUCUAUCAGGAUUAAGGUGGAAGCCCACAACAUUGGACAGUCUGCAGUUAGCCACAGGCACCACAGCUCAGAUAGAAAACAUCCAAACAUUGAUUCGCAAAGUAGAUAAAGACUUGGAGGAAAGCUGGGCACAUCUAUCCAAGUUUGGUACAGAACAUCAUGUGGCAUCACAGUUUGAGGGCUUGUGGGCCAAAAGAAACAAGCUUGUUUCAACCCUUGUCCAGUUAUACAGGGAGCAUAUUGACAGUCUCAGAGAACACGAGAAAAGUGGGACUCAACUGUCCAAGCAACAGCAAGUGAAACUCUCGGAAGAGAUGAAAGCGUUUGAAAAGAUGGUCGGUGUGGGCUUAAGAGAAAGAGCCAUAGAUGAUGUUCCUGUAACCUUCUUCAGCCAGAUUGCAACGGCCCUCCCUGAUGAAUGCCCCCUCAUACACUCCAUUUUGUGGACACUGGUUGUGACUGAGGAAAAGUCAAGAAACAAGCUGAAGACAAAUGCUUUCAAGAUGAAGAGUGCAGUACAUGCUUUGUGUGGACUGUUGGACUUACGCAGUUCGAGGGCCAACAAUGACGUUACCAUAUUGUUUGGCCUGGUUGCUGUGUCAUAUGGAGCUGGCAAGCAAUUUGUGUCCCUCUUACAACACCUCGGCCUGUCUGAAAGUUGGGACACGUUAAUGGGAUUCAUGGGCAAAAGGCUGGAUAGCUUUCAGACAGUUAUUGAUGACAAGUUUGGUGAUGGUGGCCCUGUGAUGUUUGGUUACGACAACAUCAAUAUCCUCCGAGCCGUCCGACACGUUAGAGUCAUGAAAGGCAGGGCACAGAUGUGGAACUUCACGGUGCGUAUGGCCAUCAAACCAGACCUGGAAGGCAUCGAGGAACUUUUUACAACAAAGGAGACCGCAGAGAUGCCCCAGAAACCUGUAGAAGACCUGAGUGAGGACGAUGUCUUCCUCCAGUCCCACCCUGAUUUGGCACAGGUAUGGGAAAGAGCUCAGGACGACUACUACCUUGACCUGCUUGACACAGCCCUAAACAUACUCCCCAAAGACACACAAGACCAGACUCACAAAACUACAGCACAACAGAAAUCUUGGUUGUCCAAACAAGACCUCAAGAACUCUCACACCUACACAAUCCUACAAAGACCCGCAGAUCCCCCAAACUCUAAAAAAACAGACAUUCUCGUACUUCCAUUAUCAACGGAAAACGAAGCCACACUAACAGGUACAGCCUGUAUAAAUGAGGAGUUUGCUAAAGAGUUCAACAUACCCAUUAACAGGAGUGACACAAAGUACCUUCCUUUUGAUGAGAACAGCAUUCAGUUUGACAUUUCAUUGGCCAGGAAGAGGUUUGAAUUCCAUCAAAGUAUAGAACAGCAUCGAGUCGAUCAAGUUGCCAUUCUGAACAGCAUUUCACAUGAUCCGUGGGAUGAAGGAAGAGAGGAGGUUCCUGUUGACAUAGAAGAUCAACAGGAUAAUGGUGACGAAGGACCAGCAAGCUCCAGACAUCUGGGUUCACUGAGAAGAAGAUGGAAGGAGGAGGACGAGAAGAUGAGAAAAGUAGUGUCAGAUAUGCAGGAUAGGCUGGCAACAGCAAAUAGGGCAGGAAAUGUAGCAGAUCUAGAGCAGUUCAGUAGGUAUGUAUCAGACUCUAAAGAUAGUUGGUCUGAGAUUAGAGAUCACCUAGGUCGUAGUAUUGUACAUGCUGUUGUGGAGGGGGGGAAUGUAGAUCUGUUGAAAUACCUGUUAACUGCAGGAGUCAAUGCAGACUCCAAAGAAGGGUGUGGGGCAACUCCCCUUUGUCUUGCAGUGUUAAGACACGAUAAUGCCAUGAUAAAGUGUUUACUAGAAACAGAGGCAGUGUCUGUAGAUGGUCAUACCUUCCUUCAUUUCCCCUCGCCACUAAACAUUGCUACAAAAAUGGGUCAGAAUGACACACUGGACAUCAUGGAAAAGUUGCUACCAUCACCAGAAGAAGAUUGUAAUCAGUACAUGCAGUUUGUUAAUGAAGUCGAGAAAGAACCACAGAAUGCCCUAGAUGAUCUCAUUACUCAAAUGGAGCAAGUAGAGGUACAGGAUGAAGUGUACACCUUCCACAGAAAGAAUGCACCUAAUGUAACAGUGGGAGAUGGGCUGACUAAUAAGAACCAUUUGCACUGCAGACUCAGUGAUGAAGUAGCUUUUGGCUGGACAUCAGAAAUGCCAGGUGAUAUGCAUGCAUCUGGAUAUGCCGAGGAGUGUUUUGCAAAAUCUCAGGGUCCGGGUGGUCUUUAUCAUAUUAUCACAGAUGUUCUUAAAAGGAAAAAGGUAAAACAAGAAACGUAUGGGAAAGACAAGUUCAAAGACAACAACCUCCAGUUGAUAAGAGAAGCCAACAGGGAUGUCGCCUUUGGUUAUGGACUCUCUGCAGUGCUCGAGUUCUCAGGCUCAGAACUUUUCCCUACUGAACAAGAGCUGGCGAGUUGUGGGCAAGAUAAAGGGCCGCUUCUAUUGUCUAGAUUCAAGGAUUGGAUAGCCUCAUGCAGUGAAGACGAUGUCGCAUUCCGAUACAGAAUACAAGGUGUUUCACUGUUUGGACCACUCAUGAGACUAUACAACACUUCAAUUAAGAAUGGGGACGGACAAGGUCGGGAAGCAGUUUGGAUGGUUCUACUGCCCAUAUUCUCUCAGUCCAAAAAGAAGAACUACUGGAUCGAGGCACUCGCACACGUGGUCAACAUGACAGCUGCAUGGCCAAUUGCCAUCAGGAAAAUGGUACAGCAGAACUGUUCAGUCAGUGUAGAGGGUAGAGAAGGACAUAACAUUGCAUGUGAUGAGUUUGUGGAAACACACAUUGUGAAACCUUUAAAACAGUACUGUUCUGGACAAACCACACUGAAGACCCUACAGAAACUGAAUGUAAACCUACAGAUUGUUGGUAGCGCAAGAGCCUGUUACAAGUCCAAAGGUGGUUUUGACAUCCACAACACAAAACGCCACAGUGAGCCAGCACCGCUUCUAGAUCAGAUCUUUGUCUGUCUUUUCUGUUUAAAGGAGCAGUUUUUCAAGUACGACCCUGAGCGUCGCAAGGCCAAAGUCUAUCCCAUCACAGACAGUCAGAAGUUUGUCCCGAAUGAUCGAUGUGAUGUCUACAGUAAGGGGUGCGAAAAGGUUAAGGCAAACUUCAAAAGAAAAAUGUUUGACAUAUUUCCAAACAGACGAAGGGUACCCUCUGUUUUCAGGGAAAAUGUGCCUACAUUGUAAUGUUAUGUAGUACUUUGUCAAACUUCUGCCCCCCUCCUCCACCGCCUUCCUGCUAGGCGGGAUAUAAAUGUAUGUACGGUUUGGGAGAGGGCUGGCAUCCCCCCAAUAAAACUAUUGCCCCCCUCCUCGCACCGCCUUCCUGCUAGGCGGGAUAUAAAUGUAUGUACGGUUUGGCAGAGGGCUCGCAUCCCCCCUAUAAAACUAUUGCCCCCCUCCUCGCACCGCCUUCCUGCUAGGCGGGAUAUAAAUGUAUGUACAGUUUGGGAGAGGGCUCGCAUCCCCCCUAUAAAACUAUUGCCCCCCUCCUCGCACCGCCUUCCUGCUAGGCGGGAUAUAAAUGUAUGUACGGUUUGGGAGAGGGCUCGCAUCCCCCCUAUAAAACUAUUGCCCCCCUCCUCGCACCGCCUUCCUGCUAGGCGGGAUAUAAAUGUAUGUACGGUUUGGCAGAGGGCUCGCAUCCCCCCUAUAAAACUAUUGCCCCCCUCCUCGCACCGCCUUCCUGCUAGGCGGGAUAUAAAUGUAUGUACGGUUGGGCUCGCAUCCCCCCUAUAAAACGUUUCCCCCCCUCCCUUGACCACUGCUAGGCAAAGGGUGUGUAAGAACAAAACACAUCUCAACUGUUUAUAUGAUGUGUCAUUUGCAUUUAGGUUUCUAAUCUGGUUUAUUCUUCUGCACAUGGCUAUGCUACUGUGGACUUUACAUGUUUCAAUAGUGGCUCGUUAAAGCCCUUUGUAUAGUUGAAGAUCAUGAAAAGAAUGCAUAGGAAACUCAAAAUGUGCCAUACUCAGUUCUGCUUGUUUAUUUGACAAUACAUGUACCUUUACACAAAGGCUCAGAAGUCAGGUAGCUGUACUCUUCAAGCAUGUAAAUAAAGAAUGUGUAUAUACA